ACCAGAAUAGAUCCGACUCAGAUUACUGAUCAUAUUCAUAUUGAUGGCGGAGAUGGAGAUGGGUCAGAUCGAAGUAUGUGUACCCCGGUCCGUACAAGUGUGGAGAGGAUUAAUUAAUUGGGUCGCGUUUUUGUUUCAGAUUUUUCUUCAGAUCCUCAGAGGCACGCCUUCCUUUAUCUCUUAUAUAGUAGGUCUUAGAAGUAGACACGUGUCACUUUUUGUUCCUUCUCCUUCUUUUAAGCCCUUGCCUGUCUUUGAAGUUGAACUCCCUGUUCAAGAGUCUUCAGUGGUCCCCACUCACGUGGCUGCCGUUCACGGUAGUGUCGGUGAUGAUGGUGGUGGUGACGAGCACGCAACCGAGAAGCUCACUGUGGUUCUUGACUUGGACGAGACUCUAGUGUGUGCAUAUGAGACAUCUAGCUUGCCAGCCAUUAUUGGUACUCAAGCAACCGAAGCUGGGUUGAAGUGGUUUGAAUUGGAAUGCUUGUCUUCGGACAAGGAAUAUGAUGGAAAACCAAGGAUCAAUUAUGUUACUGUGUUUGAACGACCCGGUUUGCAUGAGUUCUUAAAACAACUUCAUGAGUUUGCAGAUAUUGUUCUCUUCACUGCUGGCCUUGAAGGUUAUGCUAGACCACUUGUUGAUAAAAUAGAUGUGGAGAACCGAUUUAGCCUUCGUCUUUAUCGACCCUCAACUGUUAGCACAGAAUACCGAGAACAUGUGAAGGAUCUGACCUGUUUAACUAAAGAUCUCUGUCGAGUUGUAAUUGUUGAUAACAAUCCCUUCAGUUUCUUGCUACAACCACUGAAUGGAAUACCAUGCAUUCCAUUCUCCACUGGACAGCCAUAUGAUGAUCAGCUUUUGGAGGUCAUUCUCCCACUCCUCAAGCAUCUCUCUCUGCAGAAGGAUGUUAGGCCUGUACUUUACGAGAGAUUCCGAAUGCCUGAGUGGUUUCAAAUGCAUGGAAUACCUGCUGCUGGUUUGACAGUGUGAAAACAAAUAAGUUAUAUUUGGAAUAGCUAUCAUUCGUUGUUGGGCACCUGAGUAGAUUGGCCUUAUAUGGCGGCAUUUCAAGAGCAGAUGUAGCCAGUUGUAUAUUAUCAUUAUGUUUAAAGGUGCCAUUGAGACUCAGAUAUGCUUGGUACAAGUAGCUGCAAGUGCCAUUGCAUCUCUGAGAAUAUAUGUGUGCCGCCCCUUUGUGAAAAUCCAGUGCUCUUAAAUUCUUUUGUAAUUAGGUGCACUCCCAUCUUGUGUCAAUAGUUAUGAAAGGUUUCACAAAUUGUUGUAAGAAGCUAUCAUGCUUGUCCCCAUGACAACAAUGCUGUAUGAAAUGCCAAUGCUUUAUUAUUUCAUUCUUGCAGCGGGAAA